AUGUGCAGUCUCCUAUAUGAUCAGUCAGUCUGCAGAGAGAAAGGUUGACUUGGACCUGAACAGCUGCACUGUGUCAGACCAAGGACUAAGGCUGAUACUGGGCUCUCUGAAGAAUGUCCGAUAUCUCAGAUCUGACCCCUCAAUGCUGUGUCAACUCUGGACAACUUUGCUGCGCAGUGAGGCAGACAUUGACUUCACUAGCUUACUUGGGCUCAGUGGAAAUGAGUUGCACCUUCCAUUCCAGGGUGAAAGACGAGUGUUUGAGAGAGCAGAAGAAGUGAUGAAGCAGAGCCUAGAGAGGGUUAACCUCUGUAUACACUGGGAUGGGAGAACUCUUCUCAGUGAGGCUCUCAGCAAGACCAUGUUAAAGUGUUUAACACAUAUCAACAAACUCCAUUUUACCCCACUACAAGAUCAGAGAGAAUCCCCUGAAAAACUAGAGAAAGAAGAGAAAUCAGUCCUACUAGAUUUGUGUCUACAAGCAGGAUUAUGUCACAGAGAAACGUUCCAGGGUGCUGUGAACACACUGCUGUCACUGUUCUCUGUGAAUCAAACUGAAAGAUAUGACAUCCUGCUGGAUCUGUACUCACAUGUGAAGUACAAUAGGAAACAAGCAGGCAGGAGUAUCCUUCCAGCAUUACAGCCACUUUACCAGCCAGCUCCUGCAGUCUGGUUCAUAGACCUCUCAGAGAGAAAGGCUUCCCUCCUCCUAGAAGUGCUGAAACUCCAACCAGAGAAGAAAUCCAUAGAGCUGAAAGGCUGGUCAGAUGAAGAGAUUGAAUUGAGGAGUUUCCUUCAGUGUCUGCCCUACAUCUCACAGCUGAGGUUUGCUCAACCACAGGAUCAGAUAGGAUCCCCUGAAGAGUGGAGAAAGAGAGAGAAGACAUUCCUACUGAAUCUGUGUCUUCAAACAGCCCUCCAUGAGAGAGAAACCAUACAAACAACUGUAGAGAAAGUGUUGUCACUGUCUGAAGUUUAUCACGAUCGGAAAUGGGAUCUCCUGCUGGAUCUGUACUCUCAUGUGAAGGACUAUGAGACUCAAACAGGCAGGAGUGUCCUUCCAGCAUUACAGCCAGUUUACCAGUCAGCUCCUGCAGUCUGGUCCAUAGACCUCAGAAAGAGAAAGUCUUCCCUCCUCCUUGAAGUGCUGAAACUCCAACCAGAGAAGAAAUCAGUACAGCUGUGGGACUGUUCAGAUGAAGAGAGUGAAGUGAGGAGUUUCCUUCAGUGUCUGCCCUACAUCUCACAGCUGAGUUUCUAUCUAUCGUGGUCUGAUCCCUCAAAGCUGAUCAAGUUCCUGGUGGGUCUCCUGUCUCAAGCAGCAGAGUGGGAGGAGCAGUCAGGAGAGAAGACACUGAAGCUGGUAUCAUCAGUGUGUACUUACAGCACUUUCCCUUUCUGUGACUGGGAUGAUGAGGAUAAGUGGUUUCAAUGUGAUUUCCUGCUGGAUCUGUGCUCACAUGUGAAGGACUAUGAGACUCAAACAGGCAGGAGUGUCCUUCCAGCAUUACAGACAGUUUACCAGUCAGCUCCUGCAGUCUGGUCCAUAGACCUCAGAAAGAGAAAGGUCUCCCUCCUCCUAGAAGUGCUGAAACUCCAACCAGAGAAGAAACCAGUAGAGCUGAAAGGCUGGUCAGAUGAAGAGAGUGAAGUGAGGAGUUUCCUUCAGUGUCUGCCCUACAUCUCACAGCUGAGCUGUGAUUCUGACAGGUUCUUCCAGCGUGUGUGUGAAUCCAUCCCUGUGAGGUCCAGAGAGGAUGCCCAGCAGUUGGCCUCUCUCCUCCAGGCCUUGAGCUCCACCCUGUCACUGGGAGGACAGUUACCCAGGAAAACCUGCAGGUCUGUGGUGAGAGUGCUUGGCCUCUGUGCCUCCAGAGUGGACCUCACUCUCACCCCCAGCAAGAUCUCUCUGAAAGGAGCCUCGCAUCUCUUCACACAUGUGUCACAGCUACACAAGGUCAGGCUGAAUGUGGGCAUGGCAGUGAGACUGGCCAGACUGGCUAGGAGGACAGGGAGAGGGGGUUCUCCACUGACGGUCCCAGAGCUCUCCCUGGUCCUAAAGAGCAGCCAGCCACCAGAGAGAGUGUUAUCCAGGGCUCUGAGUAGUGUGGCGUCCCUGCUGAGACUCUGGACAGUGCAGUGUCUGGACCUGACUGACUUCUGCAUCCAGGGUCACUCUGUCAUCACACUACUUUGUCACCAAGGCCCUCUCACUCUCAGACUGCACUCAGACACUCUGCAGCAGCUGGCUGUAGUUGUGUAUGAAGCUCAGGACAAGGAUUUGACUCGGUGGUUCCUGGAGAAGAUUGGCGGAGACCUGACCUCCUGUAGGCUGGACUGGGAGGUGCUUCUCUCUCUGCUGCAGCAUUCAACCCACAACAUCACAGUGGACCUCAGGAAGAACAGGCUUCUAGAGAAGAACAUCUCAGAUCUUCUCCCCUUUCUGGGAAGGGUUAUAUUCAAGAGGCUCAGUUCCAGCUUUGUGAAGUCCACCAUCAGACAGAUCUAUGACAGUAGAGCCAGUGACUGUGUGUCCAGUUUGUUGAGGUCUUCAGACCAUUGGAUCAACCUGAACAGUAGAGAGCUGGACAGAGUGGACUGUACUGCGCUGUGUUUCACCCUGCAGCACAGCCACCAAGUCAAAGUCAACCUGCUGUGGACCUCCAUACCACCGGGGGAGAUAGAGAGCAUCCUGCCUCUUCUGGACAGAGUCUCCCAACUCAGUGUUGACAGGAUGCUGUUGCUGAGUUUCCUCCACUCCUGCGCUGCCUCUCAGAUCCUGCAGGGGGCACUAUCACCACCUUCAGCAAUAACAACAGCAGCAGCAGAGCUGCUCAGGGCUCUGCAGCACAGGUUGGACUUCUCCUGCUCCUCCUUUGUGGACCUGUCAGCACACGACCAGGGGGAAGCGCUGUGUCUGACCACUGACCACUGUAGGGCCAUAAACUCUGUUCUGAAGCAGAGCCAGCACUGCACACAGCUGGUUCAGAACCAGUCCCGAAACCAGCCCCAGAUGCAGCUCAUCCUUACAGACUGUGAGGUGGAGCAUGGAGCACUGAGAGAGCUGCUUCCCAUCCUGCAUAUUGUCAAGCUGAGCCCCAGCAAAGCUCUGCUACUUCAGCUGCUGGACCAUGUGUGUGAGGGGAUUGAAGAGGGGGUUCUGAGUCACGCAGUGUCCCUGUGCAGAGCCCUGGAUGGGGAGCUGGACCUCAGUGAGACCAGGCUGAACCAAAAGGCUUGUGGAUCUCUGGCUCUAGUUCUGGAACACUCAGAGGGGCUUUCAGAACUGGACCUCAGCCACUGCCAACUCACAGACCGCCAUCUACAGCCCCUGCUCACACACCUGCACAGAGUUGAAGUCCUUGACCUGAGUCACAAUGACAUCACUGAUGCUCUGACCGACAGAAUUCUCCAACUGGUCUCCACCAACACUUCAAUCCGCACCGUACGGCUCUUCAGCAACACAAUCAAGGACAGAAGUCCGUUCCUGACAGACAAGAGGUUUGAGAUCUGGUGAAGCAGCAUCAGGUCCAAGUCCAGACAGAGGAAGCGAAGAUGGAUGUUGAAGAGGUAGAGGAAGCGAAGAUGGAUGUUGAAGAUGGGUGUACUAUCAUGAAGCCUCAUCUCAUCAUCCUUAACCUGGACACUAAACGUAACCUAUUUUUAACCAAUUCUUAAAUAUUGAAUUGCAUGAAAGCCACAUCCCCUUAGUUUUUAGCUGACCUCAUCAUGGUGUCAGAAGAACUGCAAGUGGUGUCAUCAGGGAUUUGGGGACUAAGGUAUUGUAAAAAUAGUUGAGACUCCAGAACUCUGGAAUGUUCUGAGUGUAUUGGAUAGGAAUGUGUAGUUUAUUUACCUCUUACAUGGUUCUGAAAAACACAGGAACAUGUGUAGUAUAACGUUUUUUGAGCUUUACUUAACUAGAUGAUUUUUGUGAUCUGACAAUUUGUGAAAUUCCUUCAGAAGGAAUGGAUUGUAUAUGUGCUUUUAUAGUCUAGUAUUUAUCAUGUUGAUGUGAAUGUGUUCUACAGUUGCAGUGGGAGACGUAAUACAUGAGUGCUUUGUUGCAGGUCAACCUCAUGGUAUUGUUACUCAGGCUAGCCCUGUUGAGAACCAAGCUUCCCUAUUCAGGAAGCAAGAGAUGUGUUGACUUCUCUUGAACGUUUGCUAUGUUGUGCAUCGUUUUGUACUGAAUGACACGUUUCCCCAAAAUGUUCUUGAACAGACUUCGAGGUACGUUUGGUGGGUGUAGCGAGGUGUGGCUUGAAGCAAUGAAUGACAUAUUUUUAUUUGUAAAGGGCAGUGGCCAUGCUGACAGCAUUCUCCAACCCACAACCCCUCCCCAUUUUUCAACUGGUUGUUCAGUACAGCACCGUUUACGUUCAAUUGAACCGUUUCAGAACGUAGAAACAUACUGAACGCAGCCCUGGUGAAGUUCAGGGCAGAAAGUAGCUACAAGUGGGUGGAAACCAUUGAUGCCUCACAACACGUCAAACCAAUCAAUUGCCUUGCUUUGGCGGAGCACUAAAGGUAGCCACUAGUGCCAUAGGAGGAACAGUGUGUGAGGAUGCCCAGGAAAUCGCUGAUGUAUAACAUAGGCUGUAUGUACACACACCAUAAUGAAAUGUAUUUAGUAGAGCAGUUGUAAUGCCUUCAUCGACUUGUGAAGAACAUUACACGCAGCUUCCCUUUUAAGGGCAUGUGGGGGAGGUUUCUUGAAAUAUAACAUCCAAUCAAAAUGUAGCCGCUGGAACCCAGCAGACCAUUCUGUUUUGGCUCAUACAAAAUUCUCAAAUUCUCCAGCAUGACAACAAUGUGAUUUUGGAGGUAUGGCUACAUGAGACUAGUACAAUGAGACUAGUUGGUCGAAGUCUUUAGCUUAUUCCUUUAGUCCCGCCCCAUUUUACCUUCACAGAUUUAUGCUGGGAUCUUUUCCACGUCUGAAGUAGCUGGUGGCUCUUGCCCUUGAAGCAUGGUGUUACAGAUUCAAGCCUGGACUGGUCAAUGUGGUUUUGGUAGCACUAACCUGAUGGUGAUAGAAGCAUUGGAUUCCUUCUCCGGUUAAUCCUGUGGUUCGGAACAAAAGUGUCUACUUUUUCCUCCAUAACCACUGCUGGUUACUGUUCCAUAUCCGCAGGGGGGAAUCCCAGAGUGAACCACUCCCCACUUAUUGCUUUCUUCCGGCCAACAAGGCACAGCCAUCUUACGUGUCACAGCUACUCCCAGCAGCCUUUACCCCCAGCAUCCUUUACCCCCAGCAUCCUUUACCCCCAGCAGCCUUUAACCCCAGCAGCCAAUACUUGCUCAGCAACAGAGUGCUCAGUUUUAAGGCAACCAUGAUAGAGAGCCAGCACUGGUUUCAAACCUACAACGCCAGAGCCACAGACUUCUUAACAUUCGUUACACUUCGGAUUCUGCAAUUGAUGUUUAUCACCUAAAGCAGAAGUGUUGAGUUUUGAACCGAUAACCUCUUGGAUGAAAGGCAAAAUACUCAAUCUAUUCUAGCUCUUAAAUUAAAGGGCAGUAGCCUACAUUUAAUCUAUGAUUUUCAAUUACAGCAUUAUUUCAUCUGCAGUUAUUCUACUGAUAUUUAUUCUGUUACCAAUAAUAUUUACAUGUUAAUAUUA